GCGGAGAGGGGUCUCACGGAACCCUGUGAGUUCUCAAUUUCAUUUUAAUUAAUUCUGCGAUCGAGGGUUAGGGUUUGUAAGAGAGGGCAAUGGCGGAAGAGGGUGCCGUGAUCGGUUGCCACAGCGUUGACGAAUGGAAGCAGCACCUACUUCAGGCUAAUGAAUCAAAGAAGCUGGUGGUCAUCGAUUUCACUGCUUCAUGGUGCGGGCCUUGCCGAGCAAUUGCCCCAAUCUUUGCUGAUCUGGCUAAGAGGUACCCAAAUGUCAUCUUCCUCAAGGUGGAUGUUGAUGAACUGAAGCCUGUUGCCGAGGACUGGGCCAUCGAAGCAAUGCCCACCUUUAUUUUCCUGAAGGAGGGAACCAUUGUGGACAAGAUCGUUGGUGCACACAAGGAUGAGCUGCCGAGGAGGAUUGAGCUGCACAUGCCCAAGUGAGUUAUGCGUCAUGGCAUUUAGCAAGAGACUACACAUGUCCUUGCAGUAUCAAUCUGGUUAUCAACAAUAAGACUUUCCUAAGACUUUUAGUAGCGACAUUACAAUAAUGUAUUAAGUCUUGGAUGGUUUGGAGAUUCGUGUAAUGGAUUUAAUAGCUUUUGCGAUAUGGAAUCAGGUGUUGUGUU